CCUACAUGGGACUGCAGACCCACAACGAUGUGGUUGACUCUUUACUGCCCUCUGGGAUGGGCAAUAAUCGCUGACCAGCAAUGUUCUCGUUCUGUGAAUGAAUUUUAGAAAGUUUCCAUCGCCCUUAAUUUACAGGAGGGUCAGCAGGAACAUUGAGAGUUCAUUGUGUAAGAGAAGCUUUUCUACUACAGAGGAAUAUCUCCUUCGAGAGAGAGUGAGCGAGAGAGAGAGACAGAAGCUGUGCCUAAAAACUGUUUAGACAGUGUGAACUACCUGUCAUUUAUUGUUUUUGGCCAAUAAUAAUGGUGCCCGAUGGUUCACAGUGAGUUGUAGCAGCCUCUAUUAGAUAGUGAGGCAGGGUGGAGUAACACAGAAAGUACAUUAAAUAGCGGCUGAGGUGGAGUUUGAUGCACAAAGACUGUUUCUAAGGUUACGAGAUGUAAUUGUUCUAAAUAGGUACAUUCUGAGAUGGUCAGAUUUGCUGCUAGCACAGCUGAGCUAGUAUUGUAUUGUCCGUGCCUCAUUGCCCCAGAGAUGAUGAUGGUGAGCUGCUUUCUUGAUUCCUGCAGUCCUUGAGGUGCAGCCACACUGCUUUUUGGUGGCACUGGAACCUUGGUCCUAGAGGAAUAAGUAGACCAUUCUGCCCUUCGAGCCUGCUUUACUAUUCAUUUGAGAUCAUGGGCUAUCUGAGUGGUUGAGGGAGCUCUGUUGGUGUUGAAACUGUGGUGAAAUAUUUCUCAGGCAGGAAGGAGAGUGACUUAGAGGGUGGUGUUUCCUUAUUGUGAGCUAAAUCAUCACUUUGGUUAAUGAUCAAAUUUGACUAAAUUACUGUCUUAUACGUUAAACAUUUUCAGUUCAGAAUGGUGUUGAAGGAUGAUAAAGACCAUCGAAGGUCAUGGUUUCCUCGGUAUUGAGAUGGAUUUUAACACUGUCCACGCCUUCAAGACAAGCGGGAGCUGAAAGAUUCUCAGCUGAGCUGCAACAUGGCCUAUAAUUCAAGGAAGUUUUGCAAAAGGAUAAAAGUUUUCCUUGUGAUCUGUUGUUUUGUACUUCCGUUAUACUUUAUCUACAGUCACAGUCUGGUAAAGGAAGGAGCUCUGUGUGCAAACAAAGCCUGUAGCUGUGAGAGCUGUGUUUCAGACCGAGGUAUCUCCCAUUGGUUUGACGUGCGGUUUAACUCAAGUAUUCAGCCACAAUUGACCAGCAGCAAUGAAAAGAUCCCUCAGGACAUCCUCCUGUGGUGGUUGGGGUUACAGUCUCGGCACCCAAGGAUGAGGAUGAUGUACAGCAGACUUUUCGAGACUAUGCCGAAGUUUAAUUCUGUAGAGAAUAGCCGGUCCUGUCAUUGUCGGAGAUGUGCCAUUGUUGGAAAUUCUGGGAAUCUCAAAGGAUCAAGCUAUGGGCAGUUGAUUGACUCUCAGGACUAUGUAAUAAGAAUGAACAGGGCAGUGACCAAGGGAUAUGAGUUGGAUGUGGGCAAGAAAACCACCCACCACUUCAUGUACCCAGAGAGUGCAAAGGACCUGGGAGCCAAUGUUCAUCUGGUACUGGUCCCAUUUAAACCUCUGGACCUGCUGUGGUUAGACAAUGUCCUGCUGAACAGAAACUUCUUUCUGAUGUUCAGGAAACUGAAAGGUCCCAUUACCGCUGAUCGCGGCAAGGUCAUCAUCUUUCAUCCAGUCUUCUUCAAGUAUGUCCAUGACAAAUGGACUGAGCAUUAUGGGAAGUACCCAUCCACUGGGAUGCUGGCUCUUAUCUUUGGGCUUCACAUCUGUGAUCAGCUAUCGGUAUUUGGCUAUGGUUGGGACAGGCAAGGCAACUGGCACCACUAUUGGGAAAAUAAUCGGUUAGGUGGAGCAUUCCGUGUAACAGGAGUACAUAAUGCAACCUUCGAGAUGAAUGUCAUCACCCGUUUGGCAGAAAUUGGGAAAAUCCAACUAUACAGGGGCAGACCUGGAACUUCCUGAACUCAGCAAAACGAAACUCGCCAAACUGUACAGCUAUUCAUCACAGAGACUGAUCCAGUUAGAAUGCACAGAAACAAACCUGACAGUUGGGAGAACCUAAGAUGGAUAGAACCACGUAUUUUCUUCCACCAGUGUUCUGUAAACCUCAGGCAAAGUAUUUUAAGAUGAGCUGAUUGUUUUCAGAAAUCAAUUGCAUCGACUUAGUUUCUGUCCCCAAAUAAAAGUUGAUCUGUAACAUUAAUGGCCCAGAUCCCUCAUUCUGGAUCAGGUAGCCAAAGGCUGGCUGGAUCCCAAAGCAUGGACUCUGUUGAUCAGAUAGGAGCAUCACUGGCUCAAUCAACAUUUGUUGCCCUUUUUUAAUUGCUGUUCGGAAGGUGGGCUGUCUUCUUAAAUCACAAUGACGUAUUUUAUUUAAAAUACAACAGAGACUUACUCAGCCAUUUCAGAGGGCCUGGAUAAGAGCUAACUACAUUGCUGUAGGUCUGGAGUCACAUGUAGGCCAGGCCAGGUAAGGAUGGCAGAAUUUCUUCCCUAAAGAACAUUAGUGAAUCUCUUGGGUUUUUAUGGCAAUGGGGUGUUUUUGUGGUCACUUUUGCUCAAUAAACUUUUUAUUCCAGAUUUAUUUAACUGAAUUCAAAUUGUGUAAUCAAUGUGGUGGAAACAACUUUGGACUACUCAGAGUAUUUAACUGUAAUGACACAGUUCAACAUGAAUUCAACCUUGUCUUACUCCUCAUGAACUGGACAAACCUGCACAUUUCCAGUCUGUUGCAGCCACGGCCCAGCCCAGUCCAGUUUGCUGGCCCUGAGUGACACGAGUGUUGCCCAUCCAGUUCCUUUCAAGGUCACCGUGCACCAUCAUGGUGACAAAGUUCAAGUCCGACAAAAGUCACUUUACUUGUGUUGUCCAAAUUGCACCUAAUCCAGAAAGACCAGUAAGGUCUGAUCCAAGUCAGCUUGACCCAUACAGGCCCCGGUUUUGACUGGAGGGCCCACGACUGAAGGUUGUAGAUUCAAAGGGAUUUUUGGAGCAUGGGGUAUUGUGUGUCAGGGCAGUGUAUUAAGAGCAGGGACACAGCAUCAACUUGAGUAACAGAGAGAUAACAGACAGAAUGGCAUCUUCCUGUGUUUUAAAUGUUUGAGAUUUUAGUCAUUAAUCAAUUUGAAGAAAUCAUUUCAACAGAAAAUUGAAAAGAAUGUUCACAAAUUGAAGAACUCACUCCACUGAUUUGAAGUUUUAUCUUGUAUACACCAAAUUUUGAAUUCUCAAUGGAUCUAGCGCCUGGGGAGAACUUUGUGUCCGUUUGUUGGACUGCUGACUAAAAAUCUGUAUGUUUCUCAAACAUGUACAUAAAAGAGAGACACAAUACAGGAGAAUAUUCCCCCAUAUUCCUUUAAUUUAAGGCUGCAGCAGUCACUACAAAGAAAACAAAAAAAAUUACUAGAAUCCUUAUACAACAAAGGAGAAGAGAUCAACUCUCAAACAAUCCAACAAUCAAACAACUGUAGCAAUACAGCUUUAAAGAGACAGUAUUCUUUAUGGUCAUCGUGCUGAGAAAUGUAUUUGCAACAUUCAGGAAUCAGAUUUUUGCAGGUCAAGAGCCCUUGCUACCAUUUUCAGACAACUAGAAUGAGAAUCAGGUCCUAACGUUCCAUUUCCUUUUACAAAGACUUUGUGCAGGAAGGUGAUGUCACUGAAGUCAGUUUAGCUCAAUAGACAAGCCUCCAACACCAUUCAGUCAGAGACUCCGAAACAGAAGAACUCUUACAACAGCCAUCAUACUUGGAAGAUUUCAAUUGUCUUGAGUUUGUGUUGGUGCCUUUGAACGCAAAUGUACUAAUUACCAAGACAGUGCGGUCAGGAUUGAAGCACAGCAAAUCUUGAAGCAAACAUCAUUGCACUGGCUUGCUCCAAAGUGAGGUGGUAUGCUCUGGGAACAGCAACAAAAAAGAACUCCACACUGAAAUUUAUCAACAGUGAGCUCCAAGAAUUGCCCAACUCACUGGCCCUCUCAGUACCAUCUUUCUUCCAAAACCACUGUUUUAAAAAGCCCCCAAAAAAUAAAGCUAUAAAAUCAGGAAGUGGUUCAAUUGCUGAGCAGGACUGGUGGUCAUGACCAUCAGAGCAUUUAGGAGGGUGAACUUAGUUAUUUCUUGCAUAUAACUCUAGGGAAUUCUGACCAUUACAAAAAAGGAAAAUUUAUUCAACUGGAAUACAGGAGCUCAAAUACACAGCACAGUGAAGGCUCAUCGCCACAGUCAGAUUCUAGAGAGUCAGAUGGAAAUCAGGUUUGUCUGAUCUUUGAGCCGUUGCUGAAGAAGAGCUGAGAUUGGAGAAUGAGCCCAUUCGGUUGGCUCUUAAACAUCUUGCAGUGGCUGCUUUGAGUUUUUGUGGCCAGUGGGCUAGACACAGGCAAUAAGCUUGCCACAUAUUUACUAACUGGUGAAGACCCCACCAAAACAAUGCAAGGUAAGAGAAUAAAAUAACUGAUGUUGAGGCAGAGUUUGUGUCCAGACUCUCAGCUUGUCUACUAACGUCUGACCUGAAGAUGUUCCCAGGAAGAUUUGCUAACUGUAGUUCGAGUAUCGACAGAAUACCAAGAUUCCAUUUACAAUCCGACUUACUGUGAACCAGCUAUCUAUGUAGGGCAAUGUAUAAUGGACUAUAAACUGUCAGGCCACAAAGAUCUUAAUUGUUUAUAUUAAUAUAGUAUCAAUACCAAACAUUUUAUGAAAGAAACUUUAGAAGUUUGAUCUGGAUGUUGAUAAAUUAAACACUGUUUUGUUCACAGUC